UUCAAAGCCCAGGCCUAAGGACUCGGGACACAAUGAUCGUGAUUCAGAAUCAUAGCACCGGAUUUGCAGCGCGAAAGCUUGGGAUGCUUGGACGGUGACAGAUCGGCGUUCAGAUCAAAAUCAGGAGUGUAUUUCCCAUUGAGUAAAGCCCAUUGAGCUAAGAAGAUCUUUUUCAAGGGCGACUCGGCCAGCAGACAUCAGACUAUUCCACAAUUACAGGUUUUAAAAAACACAUUGGAAUCUCGGAUUUCGGGCUGAGAGCCGGACGGCAGAACGUGAGAUGAAACCGGAAUCCCAACGGCACUGCCAAGUGGUGACGCUGGCGGCGGUCUGAACGCAGAGGACGGUGCUGCUCUUUACUCUAAAGGGCCCCCCCCACCACCAGUCCUCCACAAUCAACUUGGAAUGUUCCACAGCUGAAUGCUACCCUUGAAGCGUAACAUGGCACAAAUGGCAGUGGACAUGCCGGUCUGCAGGUUCCUUCGUCAACACCGCGUGGAGCUGGAAAGCUGCCUGUCCAGAAAGCCAUUGUCCGUGCUCACACUCUCAGAUGAGCGGGGCAUAGUUCAGCCCCCAGAGUAUCGCACCCUGAACAGGGUGAAAGACCCCCAUGAGCAGAUGCGGCAACUGAUCGACAGAGUUACUGCCAAGGAGGAGUCGGAUUGCCGGAGCUUCGUGGCGCACGUGCUCAUUCCGCUGUGCUGCACGGUCAGCGGCCUGGACGCGUGGUUCACGCGGAACGAGUCCAUGCUGGCCACGAUGGGUUUCCUGUCCGUAAAGAGUUGCAUUUUGAAAAUCUACAAAGAAUACUUGAAGGAAAGGACUUCGAUCAUGAGAAGCUAUGAUGCCAGGCCCACAGAGCACAUUUCCAUCAAAGAGCAGUGUGUGGAGCCCAUCUUGGUGACUUAUGAUUACGUGGAUGAAAACAAACAACACGAGAGUGAAGUCAGACUCAACGCACACGAGAACAUUGUACAGCGAAUGAAGAGAGAUGGGUUCAAACACAAUCAGCUGUUUGACCCCAUUGAGGAAGAGCGACCAUUGAUAGUGUUGCUCGUGGGCACUGCAGGCAGUGGUAAAACCACAAUGAGCAACUUUAUAGUGCACCGCUUGCUCUCUGGAGAGCCAGUAUUCUCAUGUAGCUUCCAAUAUGUGAUAUACAUUCGAUUUAGAGAUCUAAACCACUAUGCUGAAGAGACCACACUCCGAGAAGUGUUUGUCGAGUUGCAUAACAAUUUGGGGGAUGAAGCGGACACGAUAUUUUCCAACGCGAAGGAGACAUUGUUCGUGAUGGAUGGCUUGGAUGAGUUUGCGAAGCCUCUUGACUUUCAGAGACCCUGCAGCGACCCUAACAGUAGGAGGAGCGUGGAGGCGAUUCUUGCCGGCCUACUGGAGGGAAGGCUUCUGACGGGCGCCUCGUUUCUGGUGACAACCAGACCCAUCGCCCUGCAGCAGCUCGCUUCCAUUAAGAUCAAACGAAGUUCGGAGAUCAUGGGCUUCUCGCCUGAAGAGCGCGAGAAGUUCUUUUGUAAAUUCCUCAGAGAUGAAGCCCUGGGAAGACAGGCGCACGGCAUGUUGCAGCAGUACGAGAUCCUCAGCAUUCUGUGCUGCAACCCGGCUUUUUGCCAGAUAGCAGCCAUCACUCUCAAGUCGUACCUGAAAGAUCGCAAAUCUGACAUAUUCAUGCUGACCUCCAUGACCGACCUUUUCACAAAGUACACGUUUGUUCUCGUUCGACACCACAACGAUGGCUGCGGUGGUAAGAACGCCAUCAACGCCAAGGAGACGAUAAGAGGGCUGGCCAACAUGGCUUUCAAAGGCGUUCAGGAAAACAAUCAGCUGUUCAGCGAAAUGCACCUGCAAGAAUUCAGCAUCGAUUCCGAUCGCGUGCAGGAAACUUUUCUUAGUGAGAUUUUCAAAUGCGAAGGCGUUAUUGUCUCCAAGAGCUAUUCGUUCUCCCACCUGACAAUUCAAGAGUACUUCGCGUCUCUGGCCGUGUAUCUGCCACAGCCCAAGCUGCCAGUUCCUGCUGUCAUUGAGGAAAUGGAGAGGUGUUCUGAUGGACGGUUUGACAUCUUUCAGAAGUUUUUCACCGGAUUAGCGUCACGCAUUCAUUGGAAAACGCUCGCCGAAAUCCUCGACCGCCCAUCCACGGACUCCCAGCGUGAGAUCAUCCAGUGGCUCAAACGCAGGAUGACGGCCAGCGACCCCAACAAGCGCAGGCUCAUUAGCCUCCUGCACUGCCUGUACGAGCUGCAAGACCCCGACGCCAUUCGCGAGAUCAUGCAGACAAGAGAGUCGCUGGAUCUGUCUCAUACUCCACUCAGCCCGUUCGACUGCACAGCCCUCUCUUACGUCCUGCAGAGUCGGAACAGACCUCUUGAGAAACUAAACCUGUGGGAGUGUGGCAUCAGCGACAAAGAAUUAGUGAGGCUGCAGCCCACGAUACAGAGAUGUCACGAGCUGUGGUUUGGAAGUGAAUCAUUUGGAGAUAAUGGAGUAGAGCUCAUGGCCAAGUAUAUGGAAGAGAGCAGUGGACAUCUGCAGGCAUUAAUCAUGGACUCGUGCUGCCUCACCUCCAAGUCGAUCCCGGCUCUCUGGAACAUCAUCACCUUAAACCCAAACCUUAAAACGCUCAUGCUUUCCGGAAAUGACCUGGGGGACAAAGCAAUGGAGGAUCUUGCUCAGGAGAUGCAGACACAUCCCAUGAGACUGGAACGGCUCUACUUGAACAAAUGUUCGCUGACGGACAAGUCAAUUCCUGCCCUGCAUCAAAUCCUCACCACUAACAAUUGCUUCGACUGGGUCUCGUUAAUUGACAAUAAAUUCAGCCCAGAAGGUUAUUCCAGACUGAAGGACAUGGAGCAGACAGGGCAGCUCUACAUUCAGCUGAUUGGACCGGCGCCAGCAUCAAAAAUGAAGAGUACAUCGAACGUGAGAAAGAGGCCAACGAUCGCGGCAAUGUGAAGAAUGAGCCCUUCGACAGAGUCCCACUUUAGGUACUGCACGGGUUUAACAAAGCAGUCGGUGUGCGUUCCCGUUGACCAGGAGUCCGGAGGGCACCUCACGCAGUUAUUGGCGUCUGUAACGGAACACAGUAACAACGGUGAGAGGGCAUGGGCACUGAUGGUGUGGUCUCAUCAACACUCCGUCCGAUCACCACACUUUGCAGGUCACAACAACGUAUAGCAAACCCUUCCCUCUUGCAGGUUUAGCUAUCGCGGUUUUUGCUGUUUCGCACCAAAUCUAUUGAGGUACAGUUCGCCGAUCAAUCAUUCGCGGUUGACCGCGAAAUUCCUGUAUGCAUUGUAACUCGCAAUGCUGCUGCUGCUGCGGAAAGACACACCUAUAGCCGUCUUGUCUCCCAAGCGGCCCAUCUCGGGUCUCAGAUCACGUGGUGUCCUCAGUUUUUUAAUUCUAUACAUUUACCAUAUAAGUUACAUUUAACACGAUAAAUAUGCGUCAUAUUUUACAUUCAAAAUACUACCUUACUCUUUGGUUCUUUCGGUAAAGUCACGUAGAUAGAAAAAUAAAAUAAUAUAUCACGACGUUUCGAUCGCAACACAAGCGGUCGUCCUCAGGUGGAAUUUUUGGUAUCCAGUAGUGGAACUGCUGAACCAGCGAGAGAGCUGUUACAACAACAAGACGUUAUAUAUAUGUAGAUGGACAAGCAGGCGGGGUCUGAGCUGGAAAGGAAUUCCAUCCCCGUACGCAAGCACGUCAGUUGUGUUAAUGGGGGAGAUUCGGGAGAGAGAUUAGGGAGAGAGAUUAGCAUGAAAUGAGCUUCCGUCCCCGCAUACUAGUAUCGUUCCCGCAUAUGGCACACAGCAGUGUUAAUGGAAGACUAUCACUAUAUUGAUGGGAGAGAUUAGGCAGAGAGAUUAGGGGGAUUAGCAAGUUAAUGUCAUUUAUAUGUGUAACACAAGCUGCGGCGCUGCCAAAUGCGCUGUGAGAGGCAAGAUCCCCCCCUUGUCUCACGCUCAGCAGUCGUUUAUGACUCUUGGGCUACGCCCGUUUCUACCCUUUAGAAGCAGCCUGCAUCAGCAGCUUGCCUCCUACCUUAUACAACCUCUUGUUGCAGCAGCUCUUUCUCCUUCGUCAGCAGUUUCCCUGCUGUGUUGAUCUCAUCUGAUGACGGUUACUUGUGUU